GUGUCUUUACAUAGAGGACUCGUUUCCACUACUUCCUGAUACAGUUUUUCGCGGGUCAUGAUCAGAUCAGUGUUGCUGUGCAGGUUGACCCCCCUCGUCCAGUCCUGUACCAGAGGAUCAUGUCUACUCGCAGGUCGGACACCUUGUGGUGUGCAGCUCCCUUCCCCUGGUCACCCACCCCUCAUACCUACAGUCCCAGCUGUGGUCAGGUACUCUGACUUGUCCACACAGAAGUACACUUUGAUUUACACCUUGCCGUACAUUAAACAUCUGCGGGCCGUGUCCAGGCUCAAACUGCUCCAAACUGCAGUCACGGUGGUCCUCCUGCCCCCGGUGUACUACUUCUACGUCCAGGGAGAUGUGCCCUUCUUCCUGGUCAGCUACACAGGAGGGAUAGCGCUGCUUGCCGGAGCCAUGCUGUACACCGUCAGUCACUUUUUCAGGAGGGUUGUGGGGAUGAUGUACCUGGACCCGUCACAGACCACACUCAAAGUGUCCCACCUCACCUUCUGGGGCAGGCGUCAUGACCUCUACCUCCCUGUGUCAGAUGUCAUGACCAUCGGGGACACGGGGGACUCGGCAAAAGAGACAAUAUUGAAACUAAAGAGAUACAGCAGUCCACAGACAUUGUAUUUCUCCACUCGCUAUGGACGUGUGGUUGAUCAAUCGGGUUUUGAGAAGGUGUUUGGAAAUCUAUACUGAUGCAGAAUCUUGUAAACUGCUUCGAUAUGGAUGAAGUAUGUGAAAAAUAGGGAAUAUUUGUGAAUUAAUCAAUUGACUUAAAUGGAACAUUGUGAAAAUGAAAGGGGUCUGGUAAUACAUGUUUUAUUAAAUUAAAAUUGUGCGCAAGGAUGUGCGUGUAUAGGUUUCAGCUGCACUUGGGUCUUUUGAAUAGAACAACAGGAGUGUUGGCCAUAUGUUAGGGAUAUUGAGAUCAUAUUUUGUUUUUAUAUGCACUAAACAGUAUUCUUGAGCAUGGCUAUAAGGGAGCCUGUGACUAAUGACAAAUAAAGUCUAAGAUAAUAUUUUUGAAUUGAAUAAUGUCAAAAAAAUUUAAGGAAAAGUUAUGUCCAAAAAUAAAGGCAUGGAGAUCCAGGUCCAUGCAUUCAAAGUUGUUUGAAAAAGUUAAAGGGCCUCUUGGACCUGGAUUCUUCAUUCCAUUAAUUCCGGACAUAAGUUUUCCUCUAAUGUUCCUUUCCUGUUCCAGGGUGCAAGAAAAA